AUGGCAAACUGGAAAGAACUGGGCGAGGUCCCAGACUCGGACGACGAACUCGACUUCGAUAGCCAGGAUCUGGAGUCGCUACCGAACCCCGAACUACCUUCGAAACCCACCCCCGAUACUUUGCAAGCGAAGGGUGCCCGAGAGAGCAUAUGGGACGUUCCCGAAUCGUCACAAGAUACGCCAGCAGACGCGACUCCAGAUCGUGUAGCAACAAACCCCCAUCAUGUGGUGUCUACGCCUUUUGACGGGGAGCCGCCAUCUUCACCGCUGUCUUCGGUGCCGGAUGUGGAUGAGCUGGACGACCCCUUCAACUUGGAUUUAGACGAACCAGAAGCCCAGGUGGCGGUACCUACGGCGAAAACGAGGACUAUGUAUCUUCCCAACAAUCGCGACGACUCCCCCGAUCCACUGGCUGGCGAUGAUACUGUUUCGACGAGCUAUGUUAGAAUCACUGCUCCUGAACCUGAGUUCCCCGCCGAGAACGAUACCGAAAGCCUUCCACCUCCCAACAAACCUCUGAUGGCCUCUUCACAACCCAGCCAACAGAGCCGGCAGAGACGGUUGGCUGCCCAGCUCUUUGCUAGUUCGAGUCCGGAGGCAGAGGUGGCGGCUCCAGCCGAGCAGUCCAAUAAUAGCAGUGCUUCGCCCGUGAGGCCCCUGUUCGCCUCCUCAGCAGCCUCUUCCCUAGCUUCUCCGGCGCCGGCCCAGCCGAGGAAGCAGCCGAGGCCGGCAGCUAUUCAGCGGGUGGAAAGCUCCAGCAGGGACGAGGAGGUUGCCCGAAAAGUCGCUGUGCGGUAUGAACGCUCGUUCAGACCAAGGAAACCCAUCCAGGAACACCCAUAUCUCAUUGAGAAUGCUCAGUACAGCAAGGCUCUCAAGUCACACGGCAUCCGGCCGAUCAGAAUGCCGACAGAACCAGCCCCGAGACGACAACGGCCGGAGGAGGAUUCCCAGGAGAAGGAUUUUGAGGAUGACAGCCAAGAACUCACGGCUGAUGCGCCAAACGGAACCACAGAUGAGAGCCAGUUCAACGGCCUGGACGUCCCGCCGAGCUCCAGUCCUCAGCUGAUGUCGUCCCUCUCCGCUUCACCCCUAAGAACAUCAUCCCCCAAGCACCGCGGUGGACCGAGUAGCCAACCAAGUCAGGGAGAUACGGAUAAUACCAGCUUCUCCGAUGUCGAUGAUCUGCCUUCUCUUGAUAAGAUUCAUCGCGACUUGCUGGCAAACCGAUCUACCAACAAGCGAAAACGUGGGAAAGCCACUGCGAUGAAGGCUGUAGUGACACAGGCGGCAGCCCCAAAUGCGCUUUCGCCCUCGCGUCCGCAGUUUCAGCAGUAUGAUGAGAUCUACGGCAUUCUUUCUUCGCCCUCUUCGUCGCCUGAAGUGCAAAUCACUUCGCUCAACCGUCCGGCUGAUCCAACAUCAUUGCCUGCCGAGAACAACGCCGAAACGGCUAUUUUCGAGGGCGACGAUCUGCCUAUUGUGGAUAGCAACAUGCUAUCUCCUUCUGAGUUCGAGCGGCGUGUUUCAGUCGAAGCGGAGCCGCCAGUAUUCGACCUGACCAUGGCACACACUUCCGAUGUGGGAGAAGAAGAUGGAUCCGGAGAUGAUGAUGCGCAGAGCAGCUCAGGAGAGGAGUCGGAGGGUCAGAAUGGCGGUAGCGAGGAGGUCGGCGCGGCGAUUGCAAAGAGAAUGCGAGGUGUUCUUCCGGCAUCCUGGCUUAGACUCGAUCAACAGGCAAACCGCCCCAAGCCGACUCAAUAUCAACGCCCUGAUGACUCCCCUGAGAAGGGUCCAAGACGAGGCGUAGCUGUCCGACGGGUAGGCCGCUCGGCAUCGUCUACGGCAGCAGCGUUCCUCUUUGAUGAUUCGGACGACGAUGUUGUCACUGCGCAGACGCCCACACGCCCUUCUCACAAUAUCCAGACUGUGUUGCCUUUCGAAAGACCCGAGAUCAUGGAAAUCAGUGACGACGACGACGGUGGCUCCGUCGUCGAAGAAGAUCAAGUUGAUCAUAUGCUUCCAAGCAGAAAACGUCAAUUGACUUUGAGAGACUUUCAACAACCCGCCAAAAGGCAGAAAAAGAACGACCGUCCAUUGGGCACUCAACCCAAGAAACGUGGGCGACCGCCGAAAACCGCAAAUCGAUCUCAUGGGGCUUCACGCCUUGAUCCUUUCUCCAAAAGUCGCAAAUCUGCUUCGAGCAGUACUCGAAUUGUGCCCCGAGCCAAAUCUCCUCCAAGGUUGAGUAUUCUGGAUGUCAUCGAACCAGAUGCGCCAAAGUUUCUCAAGAUUGCGGCUCGAGCAGCUCAGAGCAAACGGCACAUGGGACGAUCCAGUCCUACAAACAAGAGCAUACGCCUAGCCACGCGGAAGGACAAUGUGGAUGCGAGCAGAGUGCUUCAACAGUGGAAAGGAGGCAAGAUUCGACCACGAUCUGGAUUGCAGGCGAAGAGACCUAAGCCCACAGGGCCAAGUGGAAGGCGCCCACUCAGUCAACUACCAUCCAACGUCUUCUCUCGUGGUGCUGUACCUUCUCCGAAGGCACGCAGCGCCGCCCAGCCGGAUGAACUCCGUCGUGAGGUCUCAACGCCUUUGACGCCUUUGCCGGAGACGCACUCUCGAGUAAGGCAAAUGUCGAGGAGCAAUUCGGUCACAAGCCAGCAGACGCAAGAUGCCCCAAAUAGACCGGCUCAGCUUGAAACGGACUUGACCCAGCAACCGGGCAGAGUCGGUUUUCAAGCAAAGAAGCGAGCUCUCGAUGCUCUUUUCAAGCGUCAUCACUCGCAGUCGCUGUCAUCGAGAAGUGCGCACUUGGACUCUUUCCUAGACGACACAUCAUCAGUAGUGUCAGGGCACAGCCUUGCUACUAGAGGCUCUCCUGAGCCUGCAGCAGUCAAAAAGCCCUUAUUGAAACGUCCGAGAAAGUCUGCACAGCCAAUCAAGAUCGAUGUUACGGCAGCCCAUUUCCGUCAUGCAGACGAUCCCUUACCUACUGUAGAGUUGAUGACUCCUACUGAAACGCCCACGGCCUUGUUCAACGAUAAUCAGCUUCUUGGUCUUGGUCCUUUCGGCACACACUACACACAGCACUUUGACAUCUUCCCCUUGGACCGCGGGGUAUUUUUCCACGAGACAACACUCAUAGGCAAUGGUCGGGUCAGCUCAGCAGCGUAUGACCAUUUUCCCGAGAAGGUGUGGAAUCAUCGACCCCGAAUUUCUUAUACUCUGGGUGAAAUGGUCCUUCGAUGGGACUCGUGGACCGAACAGGUCUCGUCCGAGUUCGGCAUCGUGAUGGACGGAAUCCUCGAACAAAUUCUCAAGCCACCACUGUCUGCAGAAGUCACACCCAAUGCCAAAGGAGCGGCAAGAUUUGUUCUGGACUAUGUUCAAAAAGCUAUGAGCUUCAACAAUGAUGCCGAUGCUGGUUCCUUCAUCUCUCGGGUCUCGGACGUGGUUAAAUCUUUCUUGACACGCUUCGACUCUCAAAAUGUGGUUGACUUGGCAAGACGUCGGGAACUGGCUGACGUGUUGUCGAAUGUAUUUCUCGUCGUCUCCUACUCAGUCCGCCUUUGUCAAAAAAGUCCGAAUCUGAUGACAGAGAGCUUUACUAUGGAGGCGCUUCUUAGAAAAACUGCAGAAACACUGGUCCGAUUGCUACUCGACAUUGGCCUGGACGACGUUACACAACUCUACGAUGAUCUUCAGACCUUGAGAUACCGCGAGCGUGGCAUUCGCUCCGAUAAGGUCGUAGCACACGCUUGGGUGCUUCUUAUGAAGGUCCUAGAAUAUCUUCGGAUUCCGAGAAUGACAUUCUGGGAUGUCACAUACUCGUCCAUGAUACAACCAAGCAUCGUUCGUGGCAUGGACUCCCAAGAGUUUGAGAAUCUCUGGAAGAAGAUGUUCACACUUCUACCUCUGUGCGAAUUUGACGACAAUGGUGUAGUCGUUUCUGAUCGGAGACACCUGGCUCCCCUGGAGGGGUGGAGCUUACCCCAGCAAGUCCUCAAACGCGUCUUUCAACUAUACCGCGACAAUCCCCGCCAGUCGCCGAGCUUCAACGACUACUGUCGGGCACUAGUAUCUAGAUGUCACUAUCUGGUCGAUCAAUGGGGUUGGCAGAAAAGCAGCGGUAUCAUCGGUACCAUCUUUGACUUCUUUGGCUCCCAGAACUUAUCUCAUCUACGCAACGAAGAAGCCUUCCGUUCAGCUCGUUUCUUAGACAGCCUUCACCUUGACCCGUCUCUCCAUGUCGAGCCUGAGGAUAGGUGUUUCCACAUAUUUCUCAAACUCGUGGCACUAGCCAUCAAGAGGUUGAGGCAGAAAGGGGCAGUCAACGACAUUCGGAAUUUGGUCGCUCGCACACUGCCAAAUCACGAUCGGCAAUAUUCCAAAGAACAAAAUGUCCACCAGCAUGACUUAGCCGCUCUCAGGAACCAUCAUGAUCUCUUAUGUACUCUGUUCUGGGCAGCGCCACCUGAUCUUCGACCCGGCAUCCACAAUCUGGAGAAGUUGGUUAUUCCUGCUAGCUCUCAUAAGGAAGCCUGUCUUAUUAAUCUGCGGGCCUGGAAUCAACUGGCAAGGUUUGUUGUACAUGAAGAGUCCACCGCGUCCUUCAACCCGCUGGCUAGCUGGCAGGCCAAUGUGUUCAAGCAGCUGUUGGACCAGUACAACUCUGCCGCGGCAGAUAUCCAACAGCAGUUCUUGGCGCUGUCCAAGGAUGACAGCAACAAUGUCAGCGAAGACCUGAUGAACUCCAUUGUAGCUACGAACAAAGCUGCUACCAUGGAGAUCAUGCUUUUCUCAGUCAAGUCCUCAAUGGAGGUUGUGCAAUAUGCGAGUAGUUUGGAGCUGGCAAGGCUCGCGUCUAGCCCUUGUAAGAUAACUUGCCAGACAUUCAGUGUAGUUGAACUAACAUCACUCGCAGAUCAAUUGCAGCAAGUCUUCCAGCACUUCUCUACUUUGCCAGCAGACUUCCCUUCCACCCUUCUCCAAGCCUCUCUGACUACGCUCGAACGUCUUCUCGGUCGAAUCGAGUCGGUCUUCAAUGAAGCAGAUGAUAGUCAAGACAGUAUGGCUUCUCGAACUUUGGAGUCUGAGGAUGCUAUUUUGAUGCUGGACCGUGAGUUGGCAGCUGCCUUCCUUUCAGCAGCACGCUGCCUCUUGUCGAAUCAAUCGCGUGGUAAACCUGGCACUUCAAGUGUGUCAACAACCUGUGUUGAGCAAUCUGUCGUGGUGUCUGGCAUGAUGAUUGGUCUUUUCGUCCGCUGUGGAAUGAUGGAUAUUGGAGGAAGCCUUUUGCUGUUGUGGCUCAUGGUCAUCGUACAGCCGAGUCACUACUUGAGAUUUGAGAACCGAUUUGGACAGCAGCUUCAGCGACAGGGUUAUCCUUUCAUUCCGGACAAAGCAGGUCUCGUCGUCAACCCAGGCUACGCGGCCAAUCGUGACUUUUUUGAGUACGCGAUAUCUUGGAUGCGGAAAUCUCUACACGCAGCCGAUGCUGCUUCUAAGAAGAACAUGCGGUCGGAGUUCGAGAGAGUGCUGAGUGCCGUCAUGAACCAAAUGCGGGCUGAUGUUAAGGUCAUGACCGCAGACGUAUCACAACACCCGAGCUAUGUGAAGUUCGUACGCAACAUCAUCUCCUUGAUCAAGGCACAUGGGUCAGACAUCUGUCCCGUGCAAAAGUUCUUCUUGGAGGUGAGCAAGGAGUAUUCGCCGCCCAUGCAGGACCCGCAAUUACAAGCAGCGUUGAUCCAGUCAUACGGAUUCAAGCUUGCGGAAGGCGACCCCAGAGUCCCUAGUACACUAUUCCACUUCUUGCUCAAUAACUUCAAGGGAGCUCUCCAGCGUGGCCGACUGCCGCAUGAAGUUGUCCUGCUGAAAGGAGCUCUAGAGAACGAUGCCAUCAUGUCGUUCGUUCUCGGCAAGAUGCUUCCCGCGGUAUUGCAUGCUACUCUAUCCAAUGUCGAGGCCUACGCGAUGCUCGAUGUUCUAUGCGACGCGCUUGGACUGGCAAUAAAAUUGCCACCUGUUCCUCGUCAAGUCAGCGAAGACAAUCUUGGGUGCAUUGCUGCCUUGGUCACGACCACACUGGCUUGGGCAUCCGCCCUAGGACGGAGCAUGCUUAGUCCUGAGCAUGUUCAUGUGCUCAGACGAAUCACUUGGCUCCUCAACGCUUUUCGACCUUCUCUCGAAGCGUUUUCAUUCAUGGCCACAGAACCUAGAGGCUGGGACAACGUCAUGGCGAUGUUACAUUGGUUCAGCCUGCUUGCCGAAGGGGCGCAAGAGUAUCUUGAAAACCAAGAAACCCCUUUCAUAGCAGCUUCGGGGCUGUUCCGCCGACUUAGAACUCUCAAUGAGAUCUUUACAAUCCAGGACACCACGGUUCUGACCUGCUUGCGGAAGAGCCCGUCCGAAGGCGGCGCAGAAGACGGCAAACCAUCAGACAAACCAGCCGGCGAGCAAGAAGACGGCGGUAGAAGCAAAGAUGGCAACAUAAGCAAGACAGAGUCGGUCACAGCCGAGUCGGCUUUUCGGAGGUCGAGAGGCGGCGCGUUCGCCUCGGCGAGAGCGCGCCUUUCGAGGCCGCGGGCCGCUGACGAGCUGCCACCCGUGAAGCUGCCGCAGAGCUUCCUCGACACCAGCGUGUCGCUGUACGACCCCGAAAACCGCAUCAACACCCUCACGAACGACCUGUGGCACCAUCGAUACAUGGGCGCCCGCUGGCACGACCUGCUUUGGAAGGACUUGGAUCUCGUCUUCAGCCAUGCGUCUUGGAGCGAAGCGAAGCUGCAAGAUGCGCUGCGCCGGGGCAAUCUCGAAGCCAUUGAGAGGAGGAGCCGCCUCCUCGCUGAGGCAUCGCAGUGGCUGAGUCUCUCCAUUGACGAGAUGCGAUCCUCGAAUAACCUGCAGAGCUCCCGCGAGCCGCUGCCGACCACGGAAUUCGCAGACAUGCUUCGAUACUCCAACAAAUUCAUCCUCUCGAACCUUUUGUCGCAACACACCAGAGCAACGACGGACGCCGAUCCAACACAAGACCCAGACAGCGUACUGCAGUCACUUGUCGAGCAAUACAUCGAAGAGGGACGACCGAAGCUGAGACGUGACGGACUGAGGUUAUUCGACCCCAGAAUCCGCGGGGAAGUUGUCACGGCUGUGUGCGCGGAGCUUUCCCUGCAGCCGGACACAAGUGCCGCAGGCAGGGAGCUCAAGAGACCUCUUACUGUCGUCAACAUCCCGAACUACACCGGUCGAAGCCAUACCAAGAAACUCAUGAAGCACGUUGCGUCAUGCGCGGAGGCUGAUCUGAUUCACCUCGAUGCGCAGGAGUUGGCGAUGCUUGUGGGCGACUACAUCGGACAGGACUGUGCCUACUCGCGUGGCUCAAUCUCCAUGCUGGGGUACCGAUCUGCCGAGAUGAACGGACGUCUCGUCAAGAGCGAGGAGCCGUCCAAGCCUAACGAUGAGGAUCUUUCUGGCGAGAUCGAAGCGGCUUGGGUCAACCUUCGGGAUCAUGGGGUUGAUGGCGGCUACGGCAACCCGAUGGACAACGAACUGCAGAAGAUCAAAGAAGGCCCCAAGGACUACAUCCUUCCCUCUGUCGACCGAUGGGAGAACCUGAAGAUCAAUGCCGUCCUCGAGGAGAUUGCCAACUCGGCGACGAAGAUGACAUCGAAGCCUGAUCGCAACCUGAUCAUUCACGUGGACGACUUUGUCGAGCUCAACAUGACGCUCGAGGGUGCGCUGCUCAUCGGUCGACUUCGGACCAUCGUUGACACUAUGUGGCGCGCUGGAAAAAGAGUCACCCUCGUGGGCACCUCAUCCAACGAGAACCCUUCGGAGCAAUACGCAUCGACACUCAAGGAGAUUGCAGCAGAGGAGUGUUUGAUCCCUUUGCCCCUGAACUUCCAGCGGAUCACCGACGCUGCAAACACCAAGAAGAUCUACGAGGCCAACGACUACUUGCAAGAGAACCUGCGAAACAUUCAGCAUAUGCUGAAGAGCAUUUCUGGCCAAACGCGAGACACGAGUAAACUGCGUAUCGUCGGCGUGUCAAAGUCCUCGCCACCGCAAUUCCUCUUGGAUGACACGCACGGCUCUUAUAUGGAGGUUUCGCUCAUCCCCCGCGUCCUGGCAACCUCCAUCCUACCCCUUUCCGACGUAUACCACAUCACCCGCCUCUUCUACGCCUGUGAGGGCACCGUCAGCCCCGACGAGUCAUGGAGGGUUCUCUUCGAUGUCGUCGAGUCCAGCAGUUACAGCACCGCGCAGCUGCACCGCAUCCAGGACCGACCGACGCGCUCCAAACCCUCCUCCGGUGGCGGCAGCUCGUCUGCCGACAUGCAGAAGCCCGAACCCGAACGUCUCCGCGUGUCCGGCAACUACAACGACUACGAGAAGAAGCUCCUCAGCGGUCUCGUCAACAGCAGUGAGAUCAAGACGACGUUCGCCGACGUCCACGCCGACGCGGAAACCAAGAACAACCUCAAGCUCCUGACGUCGCUGUCGCUUGUCCGCCCCGAAGCCUUCACCUACGGUGUCCUCGCCACCGACAGGAUACCGGGCUGCCUCCUCUACGGCCCGCCCGGCACCGGCAAAACCCUCCUCGCCAAGGCCGUCGCCAAGGAAAGCGGCGCCAACAUGCUCGAGGUCAGCGGCGCCAGCAUCAACGACAUGUACGUCGGCCAGAGCGAGAAGAACGUGCGCGCCCUCUUCUCGCUCGCCAAGAAGCUGAGCCCGCUCGUCAUCUUCAUCGACGAGGCCGACGCCUUACUCGCCGCCCGCGGGCAGCGCAACCGCGCCGCGCACCGCGAGACCAUCAACCAGUUCCUGCGCGAGUGGGACGGCAUGAGCGACACGAAAGCCUUCAUCAUGGUCGCCACCAACCGGCCCUUUGACCUCGACGACGCCGUGCUGCGCCGGCUGCCGCGCAAAAUCCUCGUUGAUCUGCCCCUCAAGGCGGACCGCGCCUCCAUCCUCCGCAUCCUCCUCAAGGGCGAGACGCUCGACGCCUCGGUCGACGUCGACGACGUCGCGCGCAGGACGGUGCUCUACUCCGGCUCCGACCUCAAGAACCUCUGCGUCGCGGCCGCCAUGACGGCCGUGCAGGAGGAGAGCGAGGUGGCGGCGCGGCACACCGGCCCGGAACCCUACGUGUUCCCGCCGAAACGCACGCUCGUCAAGCACCACUUUGACAAAGCCCUCAAAAUGAUUGCCGCCAGCGUCAGCGAGGACAUGGACAGCUUGAAGAGCAUCCGGCGGUUCGACGAAAAGUACGGCGACGUCCGGGCCAAGAAUAGCCAGAAGAGGAAGGGCAUGGGCUUCGGUGUGUUGCCGACGUCGACGGAUGCUGAGGAGGCUCGGGUGCGGCAGGCGGUUGCUUGA